AGGGGGGGUUUCCUUCUCAUUGUGCAGCGAACGUGUUCUCCACUCAGCUUUUUAGCUUUUUCCCCUCCACGCGCGGCUUCUGUGUUAGCUAGUCUUUAACUUGUGAACAGAGGAGUCACUCCUUCCAUUAUUUUAGGGCAGGUUCUCUGAAGAAGUCUGCGGGUUUUGUGAGGAAGUCGUUGUCUUUGGGGGGAGAAAGGGACUCGGGGUUUUAGCAGGGAUGUCGGGGAGGAGGGGAGGUCGGCUUCUGAUGACAGAAACAGUCCCGUUCCGCUGGAAUCUCCUCCCAUUCUUUAAGUAGAAGGAGCCUCCAUCUCCUUCCGUGUUUGUUAAGACAGAAUAAUCUAAAGAAAGUCUGUCUCUUUUUUUAAAGAUAACACCAACAUGGCCUCGAAAACUGACAUUUAAGUGGGAGUACAGCUGGGAGAGGAAACAGGAUUGAGAGUGUUUGUGCGUGUGGGUGUGAAAGAGUGCGAAGCUGAACAGCAGGCAGGAGCUUGACUCACCGGAGUGAACUUUAUGUUGGCGAAAAACAGGAGAAAACCGCCGAGAAGAAGAAGAAGAAGCGAAAUGAAGCUAUAAAUCAAAUCAGAAACGUACAAAUAGCGGGGAAGCUGCCAGCCUGGGACCACCUCCUCACCGCUGCCAGGGGAACCAAAGCCGGCCGGCGUCAUGCUGCAGCAGGUCUUAAAGGACAUGUACGUCGACCCCGAUGUGCUGGCAGCUCUCAAUGAGGAGCAGAAGAAGAUUCUGUUCCUGAAAAUGCGCGAGGAGCAGGUGCGACGCUGGAAGGAGCGCGAGGACAAGGAGCGGGAAAGGGGGCUCACAGAGGCCAAGCGGAACAAACCAAAAAACGCUAACGGUAAAAGUGUGAGUUGGCUGCUGGGCCGUGAUGGAGAGGUGUCUGUCAUCGCGAUGGACGACGGGGAAGAACUCACCUCCAAAUUCCCUUUCCCAAAAUCUGGAGAGAAACUACUGAAAAGAAUUCCAAGCACCAAAGGAGGCAGUGACAAAACUCAAACAGAGAACGUCACUCCAAAAACCAAAAGUGAAAUUUCUUCUAUUCUGAAGCAGGGGAAGAAUGAAGAGACGAGCUCCUCGCUCCCUCUGCUGGUGUCAGCGAGUGAUCCUCCACAACCCACACCCCAAGUAAAGGUGGAAGUGAAGCAGGUCGGUCCUGCCAAGGUGAAGCCGUCUAGUCCUACGCAAAGAUGCUCCCCUCUUAACCUGCAGAAACCAGUCCAGCCUCCUUCUGUCAGAUCAUCCCCAUCAUGUGACAACGCAAAGCCUCCACCCGAACAAAAAAAGACGGUUGAAGAUUCAUCUAGGAAGUCCAUCUUCGUGUCCAAUCCAGACCCUGUGAAGAAGUCAGACUUGGUCGGGGGCGGCCAGGUGAUAGCGCUAGUGGGAAUAUUCAACGCUAAAGAUGCCAACACGCCAGCUCCUCCUCGUGGCGUCAAGCCCCCCCUCCCCAACAAGCCUCUUCACUUACGUCCAACGAACUUAUAGUCCCAGACGAACUAACUCCAGGAGCCGCGAUGCUGAAGUACUGUCUCACACGGCAAUAAGACACGGCUCUUCCGGAGCUCCAGUCCGAGAGUAAAGGCUUUUAUUUCCUCACUGAAAAAGGAUUUUUUGCUGUCAGUGUUCAAUAUUUUUGGGGUUUCUUUAGAUUUUGGAUGCUGCCAGACUGUAACCACUCUUUAAAACUCCAAAGCAACUGGUUGUACUUGAUGACUUUCUUUUAAAAGGAACUAUUCUUCAGAACUAUCAGAGGGAUUCAUAUUGAUGCUUUAAGCUCUGCUGAUCUGGUGAAGAAGCUUCUGUUGUAUUUCUAGAAUUCACAAAUCUGUGGGCACAUUUUUUUAAAUGAUUCGUGUCAUAUUCUGUGUUAAACGUAAAAAAAAAUAAGGUUUUGGUGGUGAAAAACCAAAAGGUACAGGAGGCUCCUCCUUUAUCUUGCCGUCGCCUCCCCUGCUGUGGGAUCGGAUUGUGAAUUUGUCUCUGCGCCGCCAAGCAGGAGUUUCCCUCUGACCUGUGGCGGACCAAACGCCGGUGCCAAACGCACGCUGUUCUGUCAGUCCGAGGAAAUCAAACCCUGCAGACGCCAUCAUUGCCAAAAAGAACACAGCUUCUAUUGCUUCUUUGAAGGAAAGCUGUGCUAAAUUUGAGAGUUUCAGUGUUUUUUUUUUUUUUCAUUUUCUUUCAUUUUCUAUAAGGAAACAUCUUUUAAUAAUGGGAUCAUAAAUGGAGGCAAUGUGCUCUUGCAUGAAAUGAGAGGCAUGUCGAUGCCUAAAUGAGUCGAUCAAGAAAAGAAAAAAUAAAUAAAACUGUAUAUAGAGUCGA